UUUCUAAAUGAAUAAUUUAUGGUCGUUCACAAUGGAGGACAAAGCGGUCAAUCCCUACUCGCCACUCCACUCACUGUGUCGCUCGACAAAGCAAGCAGCGCUAGCUUCAGCAUCGCUACCGCGAGAGGAAGACAUGGAGAAGAAAGUGGUGCUGAUCUGCGCCUUCGUGGGCUUCCUGGGGAUUCUCUCUUCCGCGCUCGGCUUCGCCGCCGAAGCCACCCGGAUCAAGGUUUCUGAUGUGCAGAUGACUUCUCUAGGCCAAUGCUCCUACCCAAAGAGCCCAGCUCUAGCUCUGGGUUUGUUAGCAGCGGUUGCGCUUAUGAUUGCUCAAGCUAUUAUAAACACCGUAGCCGGGUGCAUAUGUUGCAAGAACUAUCCAAAUCCAUCCGAUACCAACUGGACAAUUGGAUUGAUCUCAUUCAUCGCUUCUUGGAUUACUUUCAUAAUUGCCUUCGUCUUGUUGCUGAGCGGUGCAGCCUUAAACAACCAGUGGGGACAAGAAAGAAUGUACUUCGGUGAGUACUGCUAUGUCGUCAAGGCAGGGGUAUUCAUCGGAGGGGCCGUCCUAUCCCUUGCAAGUGUUUCACUCGGCAUCGUCUAUUAUGUUUCUGCUUCAUUGCCAAAGAGCAUACAGCCAUGGAAUCCACAACAAAGUCAAGGCGUCGCAAUGGGUCACCCCCAACCGCAAAUGAACCCAGUAUUCGUGCACGAGGAUACGUAUAACCGGCAGCAAUUCCCCUGAACCCGACAGCUUGUUUCGCUCAACUUGCUGGAGUUUCACGACCCUCAAGCUCCUCCAGUGAUUGUUAAGGCUUGAAGAUAUGGGUGUGUUUAGUCGAGUAGUAAUGAUUUUGUAUGAUAAUCACUUGAUUGUAAAAGGGUUGUCGUGUGGGGAAGAUUGCAGUUUGCGAGUGAUAUAAGACGAACAUUAAUUAUAAUGCUCUUGAAAUUUAGGGAA